GAGGAAAUAAUUGAAGAGCUCUCUGUUCCUGUAUAUAUAGCAAGAAUCUGCUCCAUUUCCACUCACCCACCCACCUGAGACUCCAUUUUUCCCUUCCUUUCCUUCUCCUUCCUCCAUUAGUUUCCCGUCAAGCUUGCAACACAAGAAAGGAGGAAUUAAUUGCAGAGAUAAUUAUGGAAAAAGAAGCCGAUUUCUCUCGUUGUGGUUUUAUGAGAGGGGUUUUCCAGCGACGGUGCAAAUGGUUGAAGAAAACCUCUGUGCAUUCAUUACCCACAAACAACACCGAACCAGUCGACUUAAAAGUACCCAAAACAGAGAACCCAACAAGGAAGAGCCGGAGCUCUGUUUCCGACGAUGCGCCAACAGCCAGAAACUCGGUGGAACAAGAUCAAAAGACACCGAAAAAGCCCACUUUGGAUCAACCAAGGCCGUCGAUUUCUCAACAAAAGAAUCAAAGUCGACGACCUUCCGAUGCUGCAAGAAGCUCCACAUCGUCCUCCAAUGGCUCUGCGCAAACCAGAGCGAUGAAUUCUCAGCAACAAUUGACCGAACCCAGAACCCACAUCCGAACAUCUUUAAGUAAUGGCGCGGUUUUGGGUAAUUUGAAGCAAGCUGGAGGUGGGAAUCUGUCGGCAAACAACAGUCCAAGGCUGAAAGAGAUGAACUCAAGUCCAAGACUUGGAGGUAAUAACAUGGGGAACAUAAUUCGGAGAAAUUCAUGUGAAUUCCGACAGAUUCAAGGCGUGAGAGGUAAAUUAGAGCCGGAUGUUUUGAAAUCCAUGGGAAAUGAGGCAUACAAAAAGGGGAAAUAUGAAGAAGCAUUGGCUUUGUAUAACAGAGCAAUAGAUUUGGAUUCAGAGAACGCCGUUUACUACAGCAACAAAGGAGCUGCUCUGAUUGGCUUAAACCGUUUGAUGGAAGCCAUUGAAGAAUGCAAAAAAGCAUUAAAGAUUCAGCCUUCUUAUCAAAGAGCCCAUCAACGUCUAGCAACUAUCUACCUCAGAACUGGAGAGCCUGAGAAAGCACUGGAUCACAUGGAACAAUCCGGCCCUUACAGUGACAUAAACGACAUGAACAAAGCUCGUGCACUUCAGAGUUGCCUGAGUAGGUGUAUUGAAGCAAGAAAGUUACAAGAAUGGGACACUCUGUUCAAAGAGACCAAUUAUGCAAUUUCCUCUGUUUCUUAUUCAGCUUAUAAACUCUAUGCCCUGCAAGCUGAGGCAUUGUUGAAGCUCCAUAGACAUUUAGAGGCAUAUUCCAUUUACCAAAAGGGUCAAACCCUGAUGGCUAACACUCUAACCAAGUCAUUUAGUGUAUCUGAUAGCUCCCUUAUUUUAUCCAUCGAGGCACAAGUUUACAUGACCAUGGGCAGGUUUGAGGAGGCAGUGGAAGCAGCAGAAAAAUCAACACAGCUUGAUCCAACCAACAGGGAAGCAAGUAGAGUGGCAAAAUGGGCUAAGUUCAUUUCAUCAGCUCGAUUGAGAGGCAAUCUACUUUUCAAGGAAUCUAGAUUCUCUGAGGCCUGUAUUGCGUACAGUGAAGGAUUAGAAAACGACCCAUAUAACUCAAUUUUGUUAUGCAAUCGAGCUGCUUGUCGAUCGAAGCUCGGUCAGUAUGAAAAAGCUGUUGAAGAUUGCACUGCGGCUCUCCACGCACAGCCAUGUUACAGUAAAGCCAGACUCCGCAGGGCUGAUUGCAAUGCUAAAAUGGAACGAUGGGAGGCUUCAAUUCAAGACUAUGAGGUUUUGAUAAGAGAAACACCAGGAAAUGAGGAAGUGGGGAGGGCUCUGUUCGAGGCACAGCUUCAACUCAGAAAGCAGCAUGGGGAGGACGUCAAAGACAUGAAAUUUGGGUCCAAUUUGGUGUCUAUUUCUAGCUACGAGCGGUUUAGACACUUCGUUACUUCUCCUGGGAUGUGUGUGGCUCUGUUCUGCAACAAAGGAAACCAAAAACAGGGGUUGGAAGUGUUGGAGCAGGUUUACAAGAGGUUUCCAUCAGUAAACUUUCUCAAGGUGGAGAUAGAAGAUCAUCCUUAUUUGGCGAAGUUGGAGAAAGUGAGCGCCAUUCCAGCUUUUAAGAUAUACAGAAAUGGAAGAAUAGUGAAGGAGAUUGCAGCCUCUGGACCCCAUUCAUUAGAGAGCUUAGUGAAGAUGUGCAGCAGUUGAGUUGAAGCAGAAGCUUAGAGAAACAGAGGAAAACCAGAAGAUUUGUUUUUGUUUACAACAGAUUGGGGUACUCCAAUGGAGUCGCCGCCAUUGGGCUUUAGACAACCCUUUAUUGGUUUUGUUUUUUGAGGUUUCUUUCUUUUGUUCAUAUGUAUAUAUGAUUGAUGAAAUUGGAAUGAAAAAGACUUUGUCUUGCUUUGGCAUGGGAACGAUUUAAGGAUGGGUA